CUGUUAUCAGGACGCUUCAUUGUCAGGACACUUGUGUUGUUAGAACACCUAUGUAACAGGACACUUGUGGUGUUAGGACACCUGUUAAAAGGACAUUUCUGUUAUUAAGACUCAUGAGUUUGAAAUACACUUCUAUUGUUAAGACACCUGUGUUGGAAAGACACUUUAAAUUAUUACAACACCUGUGUUGACAGGACACUUCUAUUACCAGAACACCUGUGUUGGAAGGACAUUCCUAAUAUCAAAACACCUCACCUGUGUUGGAAGGACAUUUUUAUUAUCGAGACACCUACCUAUGUUGACAGGAAUCUUCUCUUAACAAAGCACCUGUCUUCACAGGACACAUUCCUUAUCAAGAUACCAGUGUUGGAAGGACAUUUUUAUUAUUGAGACACCUGUGUUAGAAGGACACCUUACUGUUAGAACAACUUUGUAAUCAGGAUACCUCUAUGAUUAGGACACCUCCAUUGUCAGUACAUUUCUUUUUUUGUCAAAAUGGGACAUACUGUUAGAGCAUCUAAAUUAUAAAGAAACCUUUAUCAUCAUGACCAUGUAAAUAUUGAGCUGUAAAAAGGAAUGCUUUGUUCAUGAGUUUCUGAAAAAUGACUUUAAAUUAUCUCGGUGAAGGACAAGUUUUAAAACAGCACACAAAGAGAUUUACUACAUAAUUACCAGAGGACGGUUUACAGGAGUGUCAUCCAAACAGGAACGUGAAAUUUCUGCUCUUUAAGAAAUUUUAAGAAGUGUGUAAAACAAAAUACUUGACUGUACAAAUCUUGUGUGUAAAAUGUCACCAGCUAAAAUAGCUUGAUCAGUUUUCUCCAAUAUAAAAAAGUGUGACAAAUACUACCCAGAGGCAAUGUCUGUUUCUGCCUCACAGAGAAGGAAUUUAAACAGUGAGUGUUCAAUGGUGCUGUGAUGUCAUUAUGACAGCUGAUAGAGUAAGUGUGUCAGGGCAGGUUGCCAUGGAUUAGGUGAAGAUUCAGGGUGAAUGUUAUGUUUGAAUGGGAUUAGAAUUCAUCAUGUCGAGGAAGUAUGAAGUGAGGGACCAUUCCAAGUACUGGAAAUGUCUGUGCUGUUGGCAUAUUCAGCACAAGGAAUGUGAUACCUCGCUUAAUCUGCGGAGCUACAGAAAACAAACUAUGGAUGGCCAGUUAUACUGCGAGUCUCAUGUUCCGCAGACGAAGUCCACCCCAGCCAUCAGCCCGGAUGCUGAUGAGAAGUCAACCCAGGCAUUGUACGAGAUGCUGGUACGGACGCAGGAAAGAGGCCGUAUUGACGACCAAAGAUGCAACAUGCCAACGUUUAAAAAGGGUCCAGAUUUUUUCGAGUUGCUACUUAAAUACCAAAGUCGUCGCUAUGAGGACCAGCGUUGCGCCAUGCCUACUACACCUAAGAUUUCUCCUAGCGUAACGCCAUCAGAACUGAAAAAAGUGUUUGAAACGGUAGAAGAGGUUUUGAAAAGGCCUGGUCCUUACCCUAUGGUUCUGCCCCCUUCAAAUGGAGGAUACUGGAUAGAGGGAGCUGAUCAAAGCUGUAAAUCAUGUGACAAGAGGCGGAGCUAUGAGAACGGGAUAAAUAGUUGUGCGAAUGAUUGUAGAAUAGAAUUUGAUGAAACGGCACACUGCUAUAGACAGCAUUUCCUUGGGAGGGAACACUUCAAUUAUUACACAGAAGACGACAAUCUAGGGCCUAUGAUUUUAUCUAUGAAGGAAGAAUAUGUGUCUGAUCAGGAACAUGUUCGGGCAAUACUCAGAACACGUUGUUCAACACAGCAUAAGCUGAUACCUGUAGAACAGUUGGAUUCCAUACCAAACCCAAUCAAAGUAGCCAAGUGUGUUUGUGAUGAAAUUUCGGUUGAUCGCUUCCACCCGGUUUUGACCACAAAAGGCUCGGAGAUGAUUGUACAGUAUGACGAACAUCACCUUACCAACGCCUACAAAUUUGGCAUCAUCUACCAGAAAUUUGGCCAGACGACAGAGGAGGCGUUAUUUGGGAACAUAUCUCAUAGUGAGGCCAUGGAGGAUUUCCUCAGUGUGAUAGGGGACAGGGUGCCGCUGAAGGAUUUCAAAGGUUUUCGUGGAGGAUUAGACACCCAUCACAGCCAGACAGGGGAGAACUCUGUGUACACACGGUUACAAGACAAAGAGAUUAUGUUCCACGUGUCAACACUUCUUCCCUUCACUGAGGCCGACCCACAGCAGCUACAACGAAAACGUCACAUCGGCAACGACAUUGUUGCCAUCAUCUUUCAAGAGGAAAACACACCAUUCGUGCCAAACAUCAUCGCCUCGCAUUUCCUACAUUCAUAUAUUGUGAUACAGCCAGUUAUUGACCCAGAGACGAAACAAACACGUUACAAGGUGAGUGUAACAGCCAGGGAUGAUGUGCCAGAGUUUGGACCCAAACUGCCAAAGGAUGGAAUGUUUGAGAAGGGACCAAAAUUCCGCGACUUUCUCCUGACCAAGCUUGUAAAUGCUGAAAUGGCAUGCUAUAAGGGGGAAAAGUUUGCCAAAUUAGAGGAACGUACACGAGCUGCAUUACUUGAAUGCCUUCACCAGGAAUUACAACGGAAACAUAUAGAAGUCUUCGGGAUGCUUCCUGUCCUCAGUUGUAAAACUGAGAGUAAAACAUUCAUUGAAUCCUUCAAACGUGUGUUAAGUACCAAAGGGAGAAACCAGUCGGAUACAAAUCUUCCUUUGUCUGGGCGACGGAACGGUACCGCCUUGCCGACUGUUGGUGAGGACGACAAACCGUCCAGCCCCAAAAAAUCGCCAUCACCGAAUAAGAAGUUGAGUCGACAGUUUUCUUCAAGUAUUGAACGAAAACACAAAGAAAAACUUGUUCAGAGAAUCGACAGCCAAAGUACACAGUCAUCCUACAAAACAUGUAGUGCUCCCUCCAGUCCACAAUCUAGUCCCAGUAGUACUGCCUCAGCCCCAAGAAUUUGCUACAGUGGGCAACUAUCUCCAUCAAACUCUGAAAGUUCAUUCAACAGUAUUGAGGAUUAUAGUAGCACACCUCAAAUGUGCAAUCCUGAAGAUUCGGACACUGGCAUGGUAGGUCACCAGGGGGCGCCACCGACUACCCACAAUGCACUUGUCCGGGAGAGCAUGUCAUCUGCAGGGACACCAAAUAACUACACAAAACCGUCCAUGUCUAACGUUUACCACGAAGACGGAUGUGUUUUUAUCACGGAUUGUGAUCAUGGCUGUGAUACAUCUCGACAGCAGCUGGAAUUACUUAAAUCAGAAAUUCAAAAGUUAAAAAAUGAAAAAAUGGAAUUACUUCGUCAAAACAAGAAUGGCCAGAAGGAGAUUAACGGACUAAAACAAGAGGUUACUAGACUAAGACUUUCCACAAUAGAAAUCAGUGCUGAAGCUACGGUGUGAAACAGUGAUGGUGAUACAUAUAUAGAUUUCUAUUUUUAUCUUUAGUACGGGUGAAACAGAAGAGGAUCUCCAUGGGUAUCCGGACACUUGUCUUCUGUUGAUUUGAAUGUUUGAACGAGCAUCAGAGAUUAUCUUCCAAGUAUAAACAGAAUUUUCUGCAGUCUUUUUAAGGGAGAUCACAACAUCAGUCUUAAACAGAUUUUAGAAGAAAAAAAAUCUUGAUGCCUUAUGAAGGUAGAGCAACACAAAUUCAAUUGAUGCUGUAGGUUGCGUUUAUGUGAAGCCCACUUCAUGUAUGUGAUAGUCCAAGGACUGUGGUCACAACAGGAUUACUGAAAUAUAUGGAGCUUGGAUGCUUGUGUUCAGAAUUUAAACUAAUUGCUUACUUAAUAAUUAGUGAGAAAGCAGCUAUACUUGUAGUAAAAGUAUGUCCAUCACUGCAGAGGAAUCUAUGAUUCUUGGAGUUGACAAAAUGUCCUCAACAACAAGCUUGGAAAAUGACGGACUUGUCCAUGUUUUUACAUGCACUGUUAACUAUGGAACUUUUGACAUAAUCAUAUGACCAUGUUAUCAUAAUGCAUAAACAGUAAACAGUGUCUUUUAUGGUGAUAAUUCCGUUUGAUGUCACAUAUAAACUAUGGUUUUAAGCAGCUUUUUCACAUUAGUGUAUAUGUAAGUGGUUUUGGACCAAAGGACUUCAUAAAAUGGCCAUUAUUAUUCUGGAUUCCAAAAAGAAAUUGUUACGGAGAGUUUCACAAUGUGUUCAUGUUUGAUAUUGCCAUCAUUGUUAUCGUCAUCGUUAUUACUCUUUGCUUCUCAAGUGGUGGUAUCUAUAGACAUGAAAUUAUCAUAUGACCUAAUAUGGAAGCUCCUGACAGGUCAUGUGAUCUUACGUAUAAUCCUUAUAUGGAUACACAACCUUAGACUAACUGGAUCUUGAUUCAUUGUUGCAUUCCCCCCAGGUGUCUCAUUUUAAGUGCUAUAUAUAGAUCUCUAUAUAUCAUUGUGUAUACCUUGGUACUUCCCUUUUUUAACACUGUGAAAUGUGAACGAAUGGAUAACUAAGCUUAAUUAACACAUGGCCGUGAUAAACGAUGGUUUAUCGUUCUCAAAAAUAUCUUUUGAUGCAUUUUCCCAAUUCUAAGAUAUUACCCGUUCUUUGUGAAAAAAAUGUAUAGUAAACCAGCAUAAAUAUUUGCAGAUCUAGAAAUUGCAUUUUGAAAUGUGAAGCAAUUCAAUAUGUACUAUAUAUAAUGCUAAAUCAAUUUGUGAAAUUGUUGCUUUCAAAUAUAAUUAUUCUGCAAAGUUUGUUUGCAUGCAAAUAUCUUUUGGUUUAUGAAACUUAUAUAAUUAUAUAAUAAAGAUUUGCAAAUGAAAAAAUGCACAUUAAUAUGAAAAGCUGUCGGUAGAGUAAUUAACUUAGAAAAAUUUCAUUUCUAGCAUGUAUUUGUAGGUCUGAUCUUUGAAGAGUGUGAUUCAAAGGAAGGUAAUUGUAAAAUUGACUGAUAGUUACAAUGUUAAUGGAAAAAUUCAAACAAACAAUAGAACAAUAUUUUCUUGUAAUUCUGCAGAAAUAUCAUCAGUACUCUCAACAUAUUGUUGUAACAGCAUUCAUUUUGUGUCCAAGAAAGAUUGUUAGCAAAAAAUAUAGCCAUGUACAAGAAAAUAAGUUCAAACUGGUGGUUUUCACUUGUAGUUGCUAUUUCUUGUAAGCUCUGAACAAAAUGACAUAAUAUGCAGUAAUGCUUUUAAAUGUGAAUUGAUAGGUAUUAACAACACUGUUGAAAUACACUCCAGAACAGAGGAGACACAAACUUCUCCACCUGUAAUAUUUAUUGAAAGUUUGCAAGUAUACAUACUUUGAGCAUCUGCUUUUGUCAAUAAAUAGGGUUUGUAGUUACGAAUUAUUAUUAGACUCAAAGUCUUUUAAAUUGUUGUGUUGAACUAUCAGACUGCAUUUUCCAUAAAUCAUUUGAACACUUGCUUUUUACCUUUGUUCCAAAGUAUAAACAUUGAAUUUCAAAACACGAUUAAAUACAAAAAGAAAAUAUUAUUGUUUGUGAGUGGCUGCACUUGCUCUGUAGGAAAGGAUAUCUUACUUAGGUUUGCUGAAACAUUCAUUCCAAACAUAAAACAUUAGCACCUCUGUUCUAAAUGAUGUGAUCAGGUCUAAAUCAACAAUGUCUACCGUCAAUGUCUGUGUUGUAUUUUUGCCAUAACUGUAGAAAUAAAUUUUCUUAGACUCCUUCAAAAUUAUUUUUUUUGCUCCUAUGACAGUAUUUAACCAUCUUGUUGACAAAUUAGCCAAAAUACAAGUGUAUAAGCACAGUUGGCUUGUUUUCAAUCUCGUUGAAAUUAUGAAUUAGGAAUCAAUUUUGUUUGUAAACAUUUGGAAUCUGUAUACAAUUACCAACCAACUUUUUUUUUCAAAUUUAGAUUCUUGUAUAUAUUUCUCAACUGAUAGUGACCCAUCUUUUUUCUGACCUUGUAGCUAUCGUCAGGAACUUUGUCCAUGUAUCUACAGUUACAGCAACAUAUCCAGUGACAUUGGUCACUGGAACAAAAUCAUCAGUUGUUAUGGUUACUUUAGGCUAUGAACUUUCAUUUCUAUGGUUAAAGUAAUAUCGUCAGUGGCUAUAGGUAUCAUAACACAAUAUCCAGUUGCUAUGGUUACUGUAUGUAUACCCUAGUUGCUAUGGUUACCAUGUCUACAACCCAGUUGCUAUGGUAAAGUUUUUGUCCCAGAUGUGGCAUCAUUGGUGCUAUAAAGUAGAGAUUUAUCAUUUACAACCUUGUGCAAUAUAUUUGUAUAAAAUGUGAAUUCUUGAAUGGAAAUUUGUUCAAUAUUAUAUGUUUAUUAUAAUAUAACAUGGCAUUAAACAUGUUGAAAAAUAUGCUCUGUUUGAAUGUCAAAAUAAAAACAAAUCUAGUCUUCUGAAAAAAA